UUAACUACACUCAACAUAUUCGUUAUUACGUACGCAGUGCCUGUGUUUAUUUUUCUAUUUUUUUAAACAUAUAAAUGGCAUGUUAAACAAAACUUUAGCAAGAAAUUACGUUUCUAAACGUUAUUUGUAAAACGAAAUGAAAUGAUGAAGACGAAGUGUUGGAUUUGAAAUUAUAUCAUAACUCAGCUUAUCUUGCUUAUCGUCCUCUUUUGUAACAACUAUGUCGUGUAAUCCACCGCCGUUACCACCGAGACAGCAAAGACAAGAUAGUGCAAUGUCGCAUGUUGGAUCAACUGAAAAUGAUGAUCAUAAGAAAGACCUGCCUAAUCACGAUGUAAUAAAAGGCAUGGCAAAGGACUUAGAAACGCCUGUCAAAAAUAAUGGGAAUGAUUCUGAAAUAUCUUCUGAGGACAGCACCUAUUCGAAAAUUAAAGACAAUGUGUGCACUGUGUCAAACAAUCAAGAUGAUAUGUACCUGACUCCUGUUUCACAUGAGCAGUUAUACAGUAACGGUGCUGGCAGCAAAACACUAUUGGUAACUGCAAUCGUUUUGGGAUUGAUUUUAACUUUCGCACAAGAAGAUCCUGUUACUGCGCAACUGGGAAAGAUGCAAGCUCUACUGGUUAGGCAAGAGACACAAAUCGAGGACCUCAAACGUCUGCUAGAGAAUGAAUCUGCCAAGUUAAAGGCAGAUAUCGACUUUAUUACCAAAAGUAUCAUUACACAAGAGACGACAAGAAUCCUAAAAGAGUACCAACAAAGUGGUUCAAAAACAUGUUCUUAAUGAUGGAAGCUCUAUAAAAUACAUAACGUUUCUUAGAGCGUAGAAACUCUUUUAUUAAAAUACAGCCUCGGUGGAUUAUUCAGUGGUAUUUAUGCAUCAUUGAUUAUGCUUGUAUUUGUUGCCAUUACUAGAAUACGCCAUUUCAUACAAUCUACAAUAAUCAUGGAAGUAUCCAUUUUUACAAUCAGUUUGAGGCUGUUUCUUCAGUAUUGCCCCCAAACCUUUCCGGUAUCCCUUCAGACUAAAAUCCGGCCAAGUGUGUCAUAUACCUAAGUAUAUACUAGGUAAUGACAAUAUUCUGCGUAUGUGUGAUGAGUUAAAUCAGUUAAUUUAUAUAUGCACCAUUUUCCUCCGCUGCUUAAGUAUUACAUUUGUUGUCAAAAUUAUUGAAGUGUUUAAUUUGACAUAUGUGACAGGUGCGAAAUUAAUCAUUAUUUUUUAAAUUACCGAAUAUUCGAAUAGUGAAAUAGUAUUCAAAUAUUCGUGUCAUGAACGAAUAUUCGAAUAUUCGUUGCCAUCCCUAGUUGAUUCAUUACCAAUUAAUAAAUGGACGAAGAAACAGUUUUAUCAGUUGGAAAUGCAACGUUAUAAAAACUAAGUUGACUUAUCGCUUGUCUAUAUUACAUGUAUAAGGAAUAUAAACAACAUAUCACUGGUCUAGAGGACGAUGGCUGAAGCAAUUUUUUUAUAUAUAUUUCAAUGUAAUCGUUCACAAUUUCUUCUAUUAUAUUUCAUGGUGUUUAAGUGAAAUGAUAUUCAUGCAUAGUGACUGUUAACAUAAAUCCCACGCCUAGGAAUGUGCUCAUUACACGAGAGUCUGUAUGCAUUUCACAAAAUUGGUAAUAUAGUGCCUUAGAAAGUGACUCUCAGUGAAUAGAUCAUGUAAAUAGCACAAUCAUCUAACGCCAUUUUGUCUUUUUAUUGUCACGGACUUCCAACCACCCAUUUGUCAAUGUCACGGAUUUCCGUCUACAGUAUGAUAAAUUAUUGUCAUGGUACUUAAUAUGGUGAACUUUUCUUGAAAACUUGUCUGUGCUACAUGACUUGUCAUGUACAAUGUAUCAAGAACUUACGAACAGUUCAAUACCGUUUUUCAGUCAUACCCAAACAAAUUCUCUUACUGAUAUUUAGCCAUAUCCUGUUGAAAUAUUUUAUAAGUUUGGAUAAGCCAGUGGUAUAUAUUUACCGUUUGACAUAAUAAUGCCUAGGGUUAUUGCAUAUUUUCUCUCCGCGCAAACGUUUUACCAGUGGAAGUCAAAGUUGACAUAUUCUUUUGUUAUUUCAAGUCCGUUUAUACUUUAUCUGCUACCUUACCAGAUGAACCUUGGAUGAAACACUGAUAGUCUUAUAGACCUCCGCCCCUUACCUCUGGAAACGACGUCUUCAAUUUAUCCGCUAUGGGGCACACUUCCAUGCUUCGUUGUGGUUGCUCAAAAAAUCCGCAAGUUCACAUACCGACUAUCUAACGAGAGUAGUGCUGUCAAAUUUAGAAGUUAAAAGAUAUGUUUUCAUCGUUAUCACACAUUUUGUCAAAAAUACAAGGGUGGUUACAAGUGCACUUCAUAUUUUAAAAUCUGUUUGGAAAGAUCAUUUUAAACUAAUCAAAUUCAUAUACCAAACAUGUUGUUAUUUGUACCUUACUGUGAAAAUUCAGACUAACUGUUAAAGAUUAUCGUCGCCAUGCGUUUUAGCCCAGCAGAAGAGAAAUUUGGUCUGUAGGGCUAUCCCUGUUCUAUACAAAGUCCAUCUGGUUGAAGAGAUGUUUGAAAGCUGUUAGUGUUUCUUUGUUUGUUUUUUUUUUGGGUUAAACGCCGUUUUUCAACAGCAUUUCAGUAAGUGAGUUAGCAGAUUAAUAACAUACAAAACAAAAUAUAAAACUCAAUCAACUCUUGACUGUCCAGAUGUAAACUAUUUAGGCGAGGAGAAGAUAGCCGUUUUUCAGAGAAUCAUUGUAUCUAAAUACUAAUUAAGGCGACGAACAAAAAAUUCUCAGUCACAGAAGUUCUGUAUAAAUGCAGAAAAAAAAUUUCAACAGGAUUUUGUAAAUUAUAAGUGUGAGAAUUUGACUGAGAGUGGUCAUUAACAUUAACUGAAAAACUUUAUUGUAACUUACUGGUACAGAAAAGGUCUUUCUUAAGUAUAGCAGGUGAUUUUUGUUAAAAGAAAUGUCUAAUCUACUCAUGACUCUAAGAUGUCAGUAAAUGUCAUACUGCAGACAGAUAUCCGUAGCAUGAAAUAUGUGUCGUUUGUUUGUUAAUUUUACAAUAAAUUUGUUUUUAUGACUGUAUAAAAUUGAUUUUAAUUGAAAGGCGUUUUAAACUUCAUUAAAGUUUAAUUGUGUUACAGUUUUUGUAUUCAAAGCCUAUUGUUCUAAACAUGUGAGAAAUGUCAUUUC